CAACAGUGGCCGUCUGAACACUUUUGGGUUUAUAUAGAGGAGCGCGCUGGGGGGCCUUGGAGGAGUGGACAUCACAAGCUUCUUUAACUUUUCUGUGUGGACACACGAGGUUUCGCUCUCUCUCUUUCUCUCCGUCUCUCUCUGCUUCACAAGCGAGAAGAAAAAGUGCAAGCUGCUCAUCCGAUUACAUAAUGAUCCAGUAACAGUGAGCCGGAACCGGUGCUGCCAGUGCCAGUGUGCUGGGAGACACUGACUGACCGCUGGACAAAAACCCUCCAUCCAUCUUUUCACAUGUUGGCUGGAAAGGGAAACUUAUCAAAUCUUUAAAAUUUCUCGAGCUGUGGUCAAAGUCAACUUCUGUUACAAGUCAACACAAAGCACUGGCCAUGACCUCAGCCACUCCCCCGUCAUCUGAAGGCUCCUCCCCCCAGAAAGUCUGCCACUCCCAGACGCAGACUGACAUCACCAAACCCCUGCUGACCUCCCCGGGGGGUAUUGGAGAUGCCAGCGCAGGGGGAACUGGACCCGGAGGAGUCAGCGCUCUACGGAGGAGGCGCAGGGUCCUUUCCAAAGAUGGACGAAGCAACAUACGCAUCGAACAUGUCAGUGGCAGAGGGGCACUCUACCUCCGUGACCUCUGGACAACUUUCCUAGACAUGCAGUGGCGCUACAAGUUCUUCCUCUUCUCUGCUACCUUUGCUGGGACCUGGUUCCUGUUCGGAGUACUCUGGUACCUGGUGGCCCUGAUACAUGGAGACCUGAUUGAGUUCGACCCCCCCUCUAACCAUACACCAUGUGUAAUGGAGGUGAAGACCCUGACAGGGGCCUUCCUCUUCUCUCUGGAGUCCCAGACCACAAUCGGAUAUGGUUUCCGCUGCAUCACGGAGGAGUGUCCUGUAGCAAUAGUCCUACUCAUCGUUCAGCUGGUCAUCACCAUGGUGAUGGAGAUCUUUAUCACCGGCACUUUCCUUGCUAAGGUAGCUCGUCCCAAGAAGAGAGGUGAGACAGUGAAAUUCAGUCAACACGCUGUUGUGUCAAAUUACGAGGGACGGCCCUGUCUCAUGAUCCGAGUGGCCAACAUGCGCAAAAGCCUAUUAUUAGGAUGCCAGGUGACAGGGAAGUUGCUGCAGACAUCGCUGACAAAAGAGGGCGAGACGGUGCGGCUGGAUCAGCGCAACGUGCCUUUUCAAGUGGACACAUCGAGCGACAGUCCCUUCCUCAUCAUCCCUCUGACCUUCUACCACAUCAUUGAUGACAACAGCCCCCUCCACGCCUGGGCCGCUAAAGGUGGUGGUUGUACCGACCCUGAACUGGCUGAUUUUGAGCUGCUGGUGAUCAUGAGCGCCACGGUUGAGCCGACCUCUGCCACCUGCCAGGUCCGAACAUCCUACCUUCCAGAUGAAAUCCUCUGGGGAUAUGAGUUCCCCCCCGUCGUCUCCGUCUCCCCCUCAGGAAAAUACGUGGCGGAUUUUGCGUUCUUUGACAAAGUGGCCCAAACCAAAAUGCCACCCCUUUUUAAGCAGGCCCUGCCACCAAACGCACAAUCACAAGUGUCCAAUUAUCAGAGUGGCAUAGAAGAUAGAAAGAACCAGGAAAAGAUCCGCCUGGAAGAGACCUAUCGGGGGAGGGAGCGAGGGCAAGAAAAGGGACGCAUUAAAGAUAAAAGCCCUCUGAGUGUCUGCAUUAGCAAUGUGUGAACGAACACAGAGCCAGGAAGAGAUGCCUUCUGUGGCCUGGAAAGAUGUUGCAAAACUGAAAUAAGACAGAGACGAAAGAAGAAACAGUCGAACAUCGGAAGCCACAUUCUCACCUCUCAACCACGCCUAAACUCUUAUGAUAAAAGGACCAAAAUAAAAACAGGAAAUACGACACCUGGUUGACAGUCAUCCAAUCAUCUAACCACUGAAACUUUCAAACAAUGUACUAACGGGUAUCUGCAACCAGCGUUAAAGGAGGUACGUUACAAACCUGCCAGGUACGGCACAAUUUCAAGGCAUACAUUGAGAAAUUAAAUAGAUUUUUUUUUUUUUCUUGGACUUGAUUUACUGGAUUACACUUCAACACUGGAAAACCUUACUAUUAUGAGUCAUGUCUUUCUAUAAUAUAUAUGUCUUUAAAUAUCCUUUUCUUGGUAAAAAAAAUUAAAAAAAAAUGAAUAACUAGUAGUGCAUAUGCAGUAAAAAGAUGGAUCAAGACUAAGAACAUUACAUUUUUGAAGGUUCGACAUGAGUAUCAAGAAAUCCCAGUACUGUCUUCGUGUUCAUAAUGGAAGGUCUGGUUUGCACGAUUUAGUGACAUCUAGUGGUGAAGUUUCAGAUUGCAAUCAACUGAAAGCACCUCACACUUUCCAAGUUUGUAUGGAACAGAGUAAAGGCCUGCUCUGGAGCCAGUGUUCGCCAUAUCACCUAUUACCACACUGUAACAACAUGGCAUUACUAUAAAGCAGUGUUUGAGAGACACCCGUAGCAUCUUUGGAGUCUUUGUAUUAAUUAAAACAUUGUUAUGACUUUUUUUUAUCCCCAUUAGAUCUCUUAAAUAUUACACACUGGAACUUGGUUGGAAAAAAUAUAUAUAAAAAGAAAUCCUGAAACCAAUUAAAAGGAUUUUCAAAGGAAUGUACCCUAUUUUAGUAAUUUCUAUCAACCAUAUAGCUCAAAAUAUACUCUUUGAUAUACAUUCUGUGCCUUGUCUAUUGUGGAAAAAAUGUUUUUUUUUAUUACUACUAAAAGCACUUUAACUUGAGGGAAAAUGGGGCAUUUCACAUGCAAAGAAUAACUUGACUAAUACCUGUACUUAAAACAAUGCACUGUAUUAAAGUGAUUCAAUCAUGCAGUUAUGUUUAAGGUUUGCAUGUGUGUGUACACUCGCAAAUGCUUCACGGGUGACUGUGAUAAUGAUCUUUGCAUGUAUUUUUAAUAACCGUUUUGUGAACGAGCCCAAAUGUUAUGCACAGUACGUUUUAUUGUACUUCUGUACAGUUUGUGUAAAUAUCUUUCCUGCAGUUUUCAUUUCAGGAUGCACUGACAUUUGAUGAGCAGCUCCAACUUGUUAAUAUACCAUAGUCAUGCCUUGAGUGCAUGAUAUUAUUUCUGUAAAGUUUGUCCCUCUACUGCUGUAGUUUUUCAUACAGUGUUUGUGUCAGAAUGCCCUUUCCUUUAAUUACACAUAAUGCCAGCAAUAUGAACAUUAAACAUUCAAGUGUAGAGGGACAACCGAGAAAAAAUGAUUUCAAUAAAAUUACGCAAUUCUUCCCCUGUAAAUAACGUUUCUUAUUACAUGAAUGUUCUUGACUGUAUGAUGAACAAAGAAUGCAAAAGAAAACUGGAAACAGAAAGAAUGAAAAAAAAACUAAAGCGUUUUGCUCUAACUGCUUAUGUACCUUCUAAGUGCCUCUUUUAAUAAAUGUUUUAUCUGCAA